ACCGGUGGCGUUUUCACUUAUCUUUUGGAACACGUUCCAAGUUAUCCCUAAUACAUGCUUAACAAAUUCUUGCUAUAAAUGUUUAAUAUAGGCAACUUUUUAUACACUAGCCUUUCGUGACUUGACUCUCUUCAUUGCUUACAAAAAUGUAAAUAUUCAAAUUAUUCAACGACAAUGACGUAUAAACUCUAGUUAAAUAGUGUUAACAUCUAUCUGCAAACAUGUGGAAGCUUUGCCAGUUUGCCUCCACGGCAAAUGCACCUUUGAGAUAUUCUCUAAAGGGAAUUACAACUAAUGGUAGUUUACUAUCAAGAAACAGUGUACGAAAAUUUUACACUAAAUUACAGCCCCCAAAACAACCACCAUGCACCAAAAAUGUCAAUUACAAAUUGGUAAACAUCAUUGGCAGUUCACUGACUGGUGUUGGAUUGUUUAAAAUUUACUCUAAUAAUAAUGUUUUGUGCAAAGCACAGACCACUAGAAUGGUGGGCUUUAGAAAGGGCCAAGAGCAUGAGAUUCCAUUUAAUUGGAGCAUGCUGUGGCAUUAUUUGAAGCCCAGUUUUAUUUAUUUCAUUUGUGCUAUUGCUGGGGCACUUGUAGUUGCAAUUUUAAACAUUCAGAUACCACAGCUGAUGGGUUCUGUUAUCAAUGUUAUAUCAAAGUUUACAGAAACAAAAGACAGUGAGAUAUUUGUGAAUGAAAUGAAAGUGCCUGCUUUGAAGUUGAUUGGCAUGUAUGUUGCUCAAUCACUGUUUACUUUUGCAUAUAUUUUCAAUUUAUCAAUAAUUGGUGAGAGGAUGGCAUACAAGAUGAAGCAGGAUUUGUUUGCAUCAAUUGUAAGACAGGAUAUUGAGUUUUUCGAUCGACAACGCACUGGGGAAAUUAUAAAUCGAUUGACGACGGACAUUCAAGACUUCAAAAGCAGUUUCAAGCAAACUAUCUCAGGUGGUUUGCGAGCCGGCACUCAAAUUCUGGGUUGCUCUGUAUCAUUAUUUAUGAUUUCACCACACAUGACUUUUGUUACGUUAUUAUGCAUCCCAACAAUAGUUGCGGUGGGCACUGUAUUCGGCGCCAUGUUGCGCAAAACCUCACGACGUGCUCAGAGUCAAAUGGAGAAAACUACAGCAGUUGCCGAUGAAGCUGUCGGUAACAUUAGAACAGUAAGAGCUUUUGCAAUGGAGGAGUGCGAAACGAAUUUAUUCGAUCAGGAAGCUGUCGAGGCCAUGGUUUUAAACCAAAAAUUAGGUUUAGGUGUUGGUCUGUUUCAAGCAGGCACGAAUUUAUUUUUGAACGGGAUGGUUUUGGGUGUGGUUUACAUGGGUGGAUAUCUUCUAAGUACAGAUCAACUAUCGCCAGGUCAACUGAUGGCGUAUUUAAUGGCUACUCAAACGAUUCAACGAUCCUUAGGGCAGAUGUCGCUGUUGUUUGGUAGUGUAAUUCGUGGUAUGGCAUCUGGUUCACGCGUUUUUGAGUACAUCAACAUGGAGCCACGUAUGAAACUUCUCGGAGGUAAAACCAUCCCAUUCCACACUCUGCGUGGCGAGUUAGAGUUUAAAGACGUUGAAUUUGCGUAUCCCACCCGCUCGGAACACACAGUGUUGGAUAAAUUCACUCUGCACGUGCCUGCUGGUAAGACAGUCGCCAUUGUAGGCGCAUCCGGUAACGGCAAAUCAACAGUUGUGGCGUUAUUGGAACGUUUCUAUGACGUGAAGUCCGGUUCAAUUACACUCGACGGACAUGACAUCCGCACUCUGGAUCCAACAUGGUUGCGCCAACGUGCAUUGGGUCUUAUCAGUCAAGAACCCAUCUUAUUUGGCACGACUGUAAUGGAGAAUAUCCGAUAUGGUAAACCGGAUGCCACCGACGAUGAAGUGAUGGCCGCCGCAAAGAUGGCGAACGCGCAUGAAUUUAUCAUUGGAUUUCCGGCUGGUUAUGAAACGAUGGUGGGUGAACGUGGGGCUGCGUUGUCUGGCGGACAAAAACAGCGAAUUGCAAUUGCAAGGGCUUUAUUGAAAAAGCCGUCGGUGCUGAUUUUGGAUGAAGCAACCAGUGCUUUAGAUACAGAAUCUGAAAAGAUUGUGCAGAAUGCGCUGGAUCAUGCGAGUUGUGGUAGAACAACGAUUGUUAUUGCGCAUAGGUUGUCAACUGUGAAGAAUGCUGAUUUGAUUGUUGUAUUAAGUAAGGGGAAAAUUGUCGAAAUGGGAACACACGAAUCUCUUCGAAAACUGAAGGGAUAUUAUUAUGCAUUGACCUUUGAACAGGAUAAACAUGCUGAAGGUGGUUGAUUGAUGUAGUUGAGUAAGUUGUUAUUUAUUAAAUAAGUUUGUUACCUAAAUGCAAAAUACAAAUCCUUUACUUUGCAA